AUGAACAAGACAUGCGGAUUAACUUAUCCAUGCUUGGACAUCAAAUUUGCAAUGUAUUUGAAGGGAGUCACUACAAGAAAAUGCCGCCUCCUCCAAGAACGCUCCCUCAACCGCCCUCUCUUCCCCAAACCCAUCGGCCAACUCCACGGCCACCUCGGCCUGGCCCGUCUCCUCCUCUUCCAAACCCGCGCCGCUUUCAACCUCCUCGACCCCUCCCACGGCACCGGACUCGCCAACGCCGGCCUCGUCUUCUUCAACGGCCGCCUCCUCGCCAUGUCCGAAGACGACCUCCCUUACCACCUCCAAAUCACCCCAUCCGGCGACCUCCGCACAGUCGGCCGCUUUGACUUCUCCGGCCAGCUAAAAAACUCCAUGAUCGCACACCCCAAAAUCGACCCCGUCUCCAAAACCCUCUUCUCCCUCAGUUACGACGUCCUCCGACAACCCUACCUCAAAUUCUACCAAUUCUCCCCACACGGCCGCAAAAUCUCCGACGUCGACAUCCCCCUCGACCAACCCACCAUGAUCCACGACUUCGCCAUAACCGAGAGCCACGUUGUUUUUAAACUCGUCGAGAUGCUUAAAGGCGGGUCCCCGAUGGUGUACGACGCGAAGAAAAGCUCACGAUUCGGAGUCCUCCCAAAAACCGCUAAAAGUUGCGACGAAAUCAAAUGGAUAGACUGCGGCGACACCUUCUGCUUCCACUUAUGGAACGCGUGGGAAGAGGCGGAAACCGACGAAAUCGUCGUGAUUGGGUCAUGCAUGACGCCGCCCGACUCGAUAUUCAACGAGCACGACGAGAAACUAAAAACCGUGCUCUCCGAAAUCCGGCUCGACCUAAAAACCGGCAAGUCCAAGAAACGAGCCAUACUCUCGGAGGAAAUCAAUUUGGAGGCCGGGAUGGUGAACCGGAAUUUGCUAGGGCGUAAGACCCGGUUCGCCUACCUGGCGAUCGUGGACCCGUGGCCCAAAGUCUCGGGUUUCGCUAAAGUCGAUCUUUUUAGCGGGAAAAUCGAGAAGCAUUUGUACGGAGGGGAGAGGUACGGAGGGGAGCCGUUUUUCUUGCCGGCAGAGUCGGGAAAAGAGGAGGACGAGGGUUACGUGCUAGCGUUUGUGCACGACGAGGAGGAAAACCGGUCCAUGCUGCAGAUAGUGAAUGGCGCCACGCUGGCGGUGGAGGCUGUUGUGGAGCUGCCUUCGAGGGUGCCGUACGGGUUUCACGGGACGUUUGUCAGCGCCGACGAGUUGAAGUCUCAAGUUUAG